UCCCGUGUUCUCUCUGGCUGCCUCCUCUCGUUCCGGCUCUUAUCCCCCGCCCUAGGGUUUGCCUCAUUGGAGCAUCCCAUCUCGGCGAAGAAGCGGAAGACGCGGAGGGCGACAAUGAGCAACGACAAUCACCAAGAUGGCUUCAAUCUCUCCGAUCUCCGUGCCGCUAUGAGCGAGGAGGAUAGAGUCGGUCUGGUCAAUGCUCUAAAGGACAAGCUCCAGAGCCUCGCAGGGAAGCAUACGGAUGUUCUGGAGACGCUUAGCGCGGCGGUCAGGAAGCGCGUCGAGGUGCUGAGGGAGAUUCAGAACCAACACGAUGAGCUUGAGGCAAAGUUUUUUGAGGAAAGGGCUGUACUAGAAGCUAAGUACCAGAAACUUUAUGAGCCCUUGUAUUCUAAGAGAUAUGAGAUUGUGAAUGGUGUUGUCGAAGUUGACGGCAUUAAAAAUGAAUCUUCGGUUGAAACCCUUGCUGAGGAUAAAGCCAGUGAAGAAAAAGGUGUGCCAGAUUUUUGGCUCACUGCUCUGAAAACAAAUGAAGUGCUAGCUGAGGAGAUUCAAGAGCGUGAUGAGGAAGCUCUCAAGUAUCUAAAGGACAUAAAAUGGUGCAGAAUUGAUAAUCCUAAGGGUUUUAAACUUGAAUUUUUUUUCAAUUCUAACCCUUAUUUCAAGAACAGUGUUCUGACAAAAACGUAUCACAUGAUCGAUGAACAUGAACCAAUCUUGGAGAAGGCAAUUGGUACGGAUAUUGAAUGGUUUCCAGGGAAGUGUGUGACUCAGAAAAUUGUUAAGAAGAAGCCAAAGAAGGGUUCAAAGAAUGCUAAACCCAUAACAAAAACUGAAGAUUGUGAGAGUUUUUUCAACUUCUUUAAUCCACCAGAAGUACCAGAUGAUGAUGCUGAUAUUGAUGAAGAGACUGCUGAGCAGUUGCAGAGUCAGAUGGAAUUAGAUUAUGAUAUUGGGUCCACAAUUAGAGACAAGAUAAUUCCCCAUGCAGUUUCAUGGUUCACGGGGGAGGCUGUUCAAGAUGAUGACGCAGAAAUAGAGGAUGAUGAGGAUGGUGAAGAUGAAGAGGAUGAAGAUGAAGAUGAAGAUGAAGAUGAUGAGGAUGAGGAUGAGGAUGAUGAAGAUGAAGAUGAAGAAGAGAAUGGCAAGUCCAAGAAAAAGUCGGCUACAAGGCAGAAGAAGAGUGGAGGGGAGCAACUCGAUCGGCCCGCCGAGUGCAAACAACAGUAAAAUGUUCUAUAACGUGUUUUAUAAUGGAUGAAGUGUCUUCUAGCGUGUGUAGUUGUGGAGGAUCCUUACAGAGUUUUCUGAUUUUUCAUUUAAACUCCGUAUAGAGUGUAGUCAUGGAGGAUUAUUUGCAUAGAUUUGUUGGGACGAUCCGUUCAAUGUUUUCCAACUGUAGCGUUAUGAUUGUCUUCAGUCCAUUGACUGGGGAAACUCUCUGCUACGAUGACAAUAAGUCACUGCAUUAUUUAUCCAAGCAGUCACCAUCUUUGUUUUGCA